GUAGUCUAUACGAAUGGACAGCGAAACGGGGAUUUGAAGGAUACCCCACUUCUCCAGGUUGCCGUCACCAUUUCCACUUCAUCCUAGAAGUGUAAACUGUAAAGUGUUUCACCACACUCCAAUAAUUCCUUUUCUUUUGUAAAUACUCAAAUCAAAUUAAAGCUCUAAUUUCUGGAGUCAAUAAAGUAGCAGCACUAGCAAGAGAAAAAUUUGUUCCCAAACUUGCUAAACCAAAAAUGGCAGUUUCAGUGUCGAUUAUUGUCAUAGUCAUCGCACUUCACCUCAUUGCUUUCGUCUUCGCUGUCGGCGCUGAACGACGUCGUAGCACUGCUAAAGUUGUUCCCGACCAGUAUGACGAGCGUACAUUCUGCAAGUACGAUUCCGACGCUUCCACGUUGUACGGUUUAGCGGCGUUUGUUUUGUUGCUACUUAGCCAUUUCGUUGUUAAUGGCGUUACUAAGUGUCUUUGUUUUGGGAAAGGUCUCGUUGGUGGCUCCACCACUUGUGUUAUCUUCUUCUUCAUCUUCUCAUGGGUGACCUUCCUGGGUGCAGAAACUUGCUUGUUAGCAGGUUCAGUAAGAAAUGCAUAUCACACUAGGUAUAGAGGAAUCUUUGGUGGGGCAGAUAUAUCGUGUGCUACUCUCCGCAAGGGAGUUUUUGCUGCUGCAGCCGCACUUACAUUGUUGUCGAUGGCCGGGUCAGUUGUCUAUUAUUGGAUCCACUCGAAGGCUGACACUGGUGGCUGGCAGAGACAUCAAAAUGAAGGAAUUGGGAUGGCAGCUUCAGAUUUUCCACACCGACCCCAUCAUCAGACUGGUGAUGUCAGCAAGCCAUAAUGAUGUUCUGGUAAUUGACACAGUUUUGGCUGUAUGAUUGUAUAACCGAGGUUUGGGAGAUGUCGGAUAGGGCUCCCUAGUGGUACUGGUAUGUAGUAUAGAUAAUAGAUAUCUUUUAUAUAUAUAAAUAUAUAUGUAAUGAUUUAACUUGGUUAAAAAUGAUGCAUUAGUUUCUCAACUUCAUAUAUUCUAUUUAUAGUAAAUUAGAUCACCCUGUUCUUGUA